CAAUACUUGUUCUUUCCCUUCCUUCGAAUCUCUGACGUGCGAGAUACCAAUUGACAAGAUGGAUGAGAAGCAACAGCUUAUCGGGUCACUCCCGACCACGAAUGAUAGCUUCGAACAGCGUGCACAUGCGAAGAAGAGCUCUCGUUGGGGAACCGUCAAACUUAUUGCAGCAUGCGCAGCCUUGGUAGCGCUUCUGCACUGGACUUUCGUUGUUCCUAAGCUUCCUAUGAAGCACGGAAAGCAUGGCAAGCACCACCACCAAAAGUCGCAAUGUCCCCAGGUCGAGCCUCUUGUGCCAAGCCAACAGACCGAUGAGCUUGUCAACAUGGAUGCCUAUCUCAAGUCGCCUGCUUUCCAAAACUCAUCCAUCCAGCGUCUUUCCGGAGCCGUCCAGAUCGACACCCAGUCUUUCGAUGAUCUAGGCAAGGUCGGUGACGACAAGCGCUGGGAAGUCUUCUACCCGUUCCACGAAUAUCUGGAGAAGACCUUCCCUCUGGUUUAUGAGCACCUCAAAGUCGAGAAGGUCAACACUCAUGGUCUUGUCUACACUUGGCAGGGCUCGGACGCUAAGCUGAAGCCUACUCUGCUCAUGGCCCACCAAGACACUGUCCCUGUCCCCGAUGCUACCCUUGAUGCAUGGACUCACCCGCCGUGGUCUGGAUUCUUUGACGGCAAAGAGAUCUGGGGUCGUGGCUCAUCUGACUGCAAGAACCAGCUUAUUGCUAUUCUCGAAUCUGUUGAACUGCUGCUUGACGCUGGCUUCGUUCCCACCAGAACCGUUCUGCUUUCGUUCGGCUUUGAUGAGGAGAUUAGCGGCGGUCAGGGUGCUGGCACUCUUGCACCCUUCAUUCUUGAACGUUACGGACCUGACUCUCUUGCUGUCAUCGUUGAUGAGGGUGCUGGUAUCUCCGACGAAUGGGGUGUCACCAUGGCCACUCCUGGUGUUGCCGAGAAGGGUUACACCGAUGUCGUGAUCACUAUUCGUAUGCCUGGUGGCCACUCCAGUAUCCCUCCAGACCACACUGCUAUCGGUGUCAUGAGUGAGCUCAUCACCCUCAUUGAGGCUGACAAGUACCCACUCCGUCUUGACGGCAAGAACCCUUACCUCGGUCAGCUUUACUGCGGUGCUGAGCACGCAACUGAGUUCCCCAAGAAGCUCGGCAAGCUACUCGACAAGGCUCAAGGUCAGUGCAAGGCAAAGCCCGAUUCACUCGCCGCCGAAGCAGCCAAAGCCGGUCCUGCUAUCCAGUACCUGAUGCAGACUUCGAUCGCUGUCGAUGUUAUUGGUGGUGGCGUGAAAGUAAACGCUCUCCCUGAGCGCGUCCAGGCUAUUGUCAACCACCGCAUCAACGUUGGAGAGCACCCUGCCGAUGCUCACGCCAAGAUUGCUGGUCUCGCUAAGGAGGUCGCAAAGAAGUACGGGCUUGCUCUGCACUCCUUCGACAACACUACCGAAUCGCCUUCAUCCAUCUCGCUCUCCGCUUUCGAACACGUUCUUGAGCCUGCUCCUGUUACUCCUACCUCUGUCGAUGGAGAGACUGCCUACAGCGUUCUAUCGGGUUCCAUCCGUGCUCUGUAUGGCAGCGAGGUCAUUGUGGCUCCUGGUAUCAUGACCGGCAACACCGACACCAAGUACUACUGGGAUCUGUCUCGCAAUAUCUUCCGUUUUGCUCCUGGCUACGAUGGCGAGUCCAGUGGCCUGGGCAACAUCCACACCGUCGACGAGAGAGUUUCUAUCAAGAACCACGUCAACACUGUCAAGUGGUUCUCUCUUUUCAUCCGCAACAUGGAUGAGGCGGAUUUCGAGUAAGCAGUUGAUGUAUUGAGCAAGGAUAGUUGAUAGUAUAUAGAUGGUUCAUAGUCAAUGACAAAAAACUAAACACUCCUACUUCGCCCGGUCCUCCAAGGCCUUCCAAGUUUUAGGAGAAAGAAAAGAAAAAUAAUCACCAGACAGAGUUUGGACCAUCACGCAAAUCUCGGCUUCAUCUUUUCUUGGCAUCGAAAUGGUCGUC